AUUUAAUAUGCGGGGAUUCUUUACCUUUGCCAAACAAUUUAUCAGCUUUUCUACAAUGAAAACUCAAUAAAUGAAAGUAUCAAUUAGAUUGUAAGUUUAUAAUAUUUUUAUUAUAGAGUCAAUAAAUCCAUUAAUGGUUAAUUUAGAAUGUGUUCCUCUUUAACAGCAUUAAGAAUGGCUAAUCUCUUUGGAACAAGUCAAAUUACUUCAAUUGAAGAUAUUGAUGGAGGUAAAAUAGACUUAAUACAUAGAAUCUGAAUUAGAUAUUCAAAUUUCUCAGCUGCUAUCAUUGUCUCUAAAAGCAGAACAACAAAUGCUACAUUGAAGAAGAU